UAAAUAUAUGCUAUCUGUCUAUCUAUAUUAUUUUGAUUUUCAUUCUCAUUUACAAAAAUAUAUCUGAAUCACGUAAGGUAUUUUUAUCCGCUUGCCGACAGUAGGAUUAUUUUAAACUGCUAGUCAAUUUAAUUUAUUCAGCAGUACUUACUGCUUAUUUAAUAACAAAAUGUUGGCUUUGGGUUCAUUUGUCGGUUUAACCAUUAACCUUCUUCGAUGUCACCUUGACCAAACAAGUUCACAAAACUAAUUUCAUAUUUUAUAAAUAUAAACCGCACGUCAAAUCUUUAUAUGAGAGGCUUCAUGAUUCAUCAUUUACUUAGGUGGUAUCACAUUUUAUAAAAACAAGUGUUCAUACAUUGGCCACGGUAACGACUACAGCAGCGUUCAAUGUCUCAUUAGCUUACGAUACGAGUAGCAGAAAGGGUAUCCUAAUUCCUGUCGCAAUCUCGAAAAAUUAUUAUCCAUUGUUUUUUUAAAAAUCCAUAAUUUUAUCAUAAUUUUGAAAAGUAUUCUGUAGAAGCUAUUAGGUUUGAUUUAUGCUGAAUCGGAACGUUGUGUGAAAUGUUGAAAAAAAGCGUUGCGUUUCUAGGUUGCGAUAGCCUAACGUCGUUUUACAAAGACUGGCGCGGAUUUUCAAUGAAAAUUUUGACUGUUCAGUACAAAUCUUGCGCCAGCUCUACUGAAUUUACCUUAAACCAGCAGAAACAAGAGACAAAUGCAGUGUGAAUAACUAUUUUAAAGUCAGAUGUACUGACAAGUGCAUAAAUCUGUCAUAACUUUAGCAAAACAAUGUGUCACAAAGUGUAAGCCAGUUCGCGCCUUUUCAGUACAAGCCUUCGCAAUGUCUGUGGAUAAAAGGGAGAUGAACCUGGAUCGGAUCCUGGUGGAAGAAAUUGGUCAAUGGGGGCGGUUCCAGCUCAGGGCUGUGGUGUUGUGUGCUCUAGUGGCUUUGAUUGGGAGUGUGCAGUGCUACGCGUAUUUGUUUACUGUUGUGAAGGUCAAAACAAGAUGCGUCAUCCCCGAAUGCGAGGACUCCACCCCCCUGUUCUCCCCACCAUGGAUACUAAACGCGGUGCCGACGUCAUCAUCGUCAUCCAACUCCUUCGACAACUGCCAUCGUUUUACUACAAGUACAAACAUGUCACGGAACAGUUACUCCUGUUCCGCAGACUUGUUUGAUAGGAAUUCGACGGUGCAAUGCGAGGAGUAUGUUUAUGAGCAUAGGAAUUCGGCUUAUUAUGAGUUUGGUCUGGCCUGCGACGACUGGCGCCCAACCUUAAUCGGCUCGGCCAGGACCCUGGGCUACAUGUUCUGCCUGCCGAUGAUGGGCCUCGUGGCCGACCGCUGGGGCCGGCGGCUCGCCCUUGCCCUCACUACCUUCAACUCAGUUUGGAUCGGAAGCCUGGCGUAUUUCUGUGGCUCCUACAACUGUUACAUAUCUAUAUCGUUUGUAGAAGCUCUGUCUGGAGCGUGUGCUUUUUCUAGUGCUUAUAUUUUGGCUGUGGAAUAUGUGGGACCAAAAUACCGAGUACCAACUGGUGUUGCCAUGAGCACUUGCCUCGCAGUAGGACAAACCGUUUUGGGUGCAAUAGCCUGGACGGAACCUUAUUGGAGGCAUCUAAUCCUCAUGCUCUACUUGCCACAAUUUGUUUUCGUGGUCUACUUUUGGAUCGCGCCGGAAUCUGUUCGAUGGCUGAUCAGCAAAGGACGCUAUGAAGAAGCCUUAACCAUCUUGAAAAAAGCUGCUAAAAUGAAUGGUACUGCUUUAUCAGAAAGGACUUUAAAAGAGUUCUCGGAGUCAAAAGAUGUUGUGACGAAUGAAAAAGAUACUUCGGAACCUUGGUUAAUAUGUCUGGUUUUCAGACAUAAACCAAUUUUAUUGCGUUGUUUAGUGACGCCAGUAUGGUGGAUCACUUGUAUUCUGAUGUAUUACGGGCUAACAAUAUCUUCUGUUGGGAUAUCUGGUAACAGGUACAUAAACUACUCAGCCUGCAACGCUAUUGAGAUCCCGGGGUAUUGGACCGCCAUGUUGCUUUUGAACAGGAUUGGAAGGAAGGCUGUGUUGAUGGCAGGAUUUUUGAUAAGUGGAGCUUGUCAAAUUGCGUUUAUAUUCGUGUCUGACGGCGACUACUGGCUUUCCUUGACAGUAUACCUGAUUGGCAAGAUGUGCGUGUCCGGCGCCAUAACGUCGCUGUACGUGUACACCGCGGAACUGUAUCCCACGCGGUAUCGGUCCAGUCUCUUCGCGUAUUCCUCCAUGAUUGGAAGGGUUGGAGGCAUCUUAGCACCGCUCAUGCCUGGGUUUGCGGCGUUGGUGUGGGUGCACCUGCCGUUCCUGGUGUUCGGCGUGCUGGCGCUGGUGUCCGGCCUGCUGGUGCUGCUGGCGCCGGAGACCCUCGGCGCGCCCCUGCCCGACUCCAUGGAGGAGGCCGCCAACCUCGGCAAGGAGUCACCUGUACUACAGUGGUUGAAGACGCUAAUGUUUAGGAGCAAAAGUUAUACUAUUAAAUAAUUUAGAAAGAACUUUAGUUAUCUAGGAAUACUUAAGAAAUCACAGUCGGUUGCCUCAUUCAAGAAGAAGUUCAAUAUAUUAUGUGGUGGUUUUUGGACUACUGAUGUUGUUAAAAUUUUGUAACUUCAUUAAUGUAUGUAUGUAUAUAUCUAGGUAUUAAUUUACAUAUUCGACAGUUUAGAAAAAAGUAUUAUUUAUUCUUUCUUUAUUGCACCUUUAUAUUAAGUAGGUAUAUUAAGUUUAAGUUUCACUUUCUAAUUACCCCUCAUCAGGGAGAUAGGGCUCUCUGAAGGGAUAUUAGGUAGUUCAUUUAACAUUUUCUUUUGUACAUAAGCUAAAGGACACCUGGAAGAGUUCGUCCGACUUCUAACUCAAAAAUGGUCACGUUUUCUCUUAUGUAGUCCGCCUCUUUCGCACUCAUGGGAUGUUCAUAUACGUUAUCGCUUCCCUUUCACACACUUCAUCUGUCUUUAAGCAAAGCGUUUGGUAGGUAUGUGGAAAAACAACGAUCCACUUUCAGAGCCCCUAAUGUAAAUUUAUUCGAUAGCGAAACAUGACGUAUGCGUUUGCGUUAAGUCUCAUUUAGUAUGGGAUUUAGAAACAGCGCGCAAAGCGGGUCGUUUUGGAAACUCAAAAUCCCAUACUAAAUAAGACUUAACGCAAACGCGUACGUCAUAUUUCGCUAUCAAAUAAAUUUACACUAGGGGUACAGAGCAUGAGAAAUGUAGUUUUUAUUAGAAUCGCCGUUUCACCUUGAAGAGCGUAGCCAAAUGUAGACAAAACGCUGUAUCUACGUGCAUUAUGUUCAAAUAUUCAUACGCAUCGUUCUCUUAAUACGUAUGUACACGUCUUUUAAGUUCUUUGUCAUUAGAUUUGUGUACAAGUACGUCAUUAAGGCGUAAAUAAUUGUUAUACUCGAUAAAAACCAUAUCUAAUUAAAGAAAACGUCUGUAUGAAAUACA